GGCCGCGCCUACGCACCACAGUUCCGGGAAGGAACGUUGCAAGGGUCAGUUCCCCCGGUCCAGUGCAACCAGAAUCCGCUACCGCAGCCCUGCGAUGUGCGCGGUGCUCCGCCAACCCAAAUGCGUCAAGUUGCGAGCCCUACACAGCUCGUCCAAGUUCGGUGUGGCAGCUCGGAGCUGCCAGGAACUGCUGCGGAAAGGCUGCGUCCGCUUCCAGCUACCGGUGCCCGGCUCCCGGCUGUGCCUGUACGAAGAUGGCACGGAGGUGACCGACGACUGUUUCCCGGGCCUUCCCAACGACGCUGAGCUCCUAUUGCUCACCCCUGGUGAGACCUGGCACGGCUAUGUGAGUGACAUCACACGUUUCCUCAGUGUGUUUAAUGAGCCACAUGCUGGGGUCAUCCAGGCUGCACGACAGCUGCUGUCAGAUGAGCAGGCCCCACUGAGGCAGAAGCUGCUGGCUGACCUUCUGCAUCAUGUGAGCCAGAACAUUACUGCAGAGACCCGGGAGCAGGACCCAUCCUGGUUUGAAGGUUUGGAGUCUCGAUUCAGAAAUAAGUCUGGCUACCUGAGAUACAGCUGUGAGAGCCGGAUCCGGGGUUACCUGAGAGAGGUGAGCGCUUACACCUCUAUGGUAGAUGCAGCGGCUCGAGAAGAGUACCUGCAUGUCGUCAGCUCCAUGUGCCAGAAGCUCAAGUCCGUGCAAUACAACGGCAGCUAUUUUGACCGAGGUGCAGAGGCCAGCAGCCGCCUUUGUACCCCAGAAGGCUGGUUCUCCUGCCAGGGCCCCUUUGACCUGGAGAGCUGCCUUUCCAAGCAUUCUAUCAACCCCUAUGGCAACAGGGAGAGCCGGAUCCUCUUCAGUACCUGGAACCUGGAUCAUAUAAUAGAGAAGAAGCGCACGGUGGUCCCCACGCUGGCGGAGGCGAUCCGGGAUGGGAGGGAAGUGAACUGGGAGUACUUCUACAGCCUGCUCUUCACUGCCGAGAACCUGAAGCUGGUGCACAUCGCCUGCCACAAGAAGACCACACACCAGCUGCAGUGUGACUGCAGCAGAAUCUAUCUGCCUCAGACGGGAUCCAAGAGGAAGCAGCCUGCUCGGAAGCGCCCCGCUCGGAAGCACCCGGCUCGGAGGCGCCAGUGACACGUGCCGUGCCCUCUGUGAGGUAAUGGCAUUGGUAAUGCCUUGUCACUCCAGAAGGUUCCAGGAAAGUCUUCAGGAGUCUUUCCAACGGAUCCGAUUUGUGUGCCUUCCCAGUAUGCUUCCCCAGCCUCUGACAGCCCAGUGUGCAGAGGACAGCGAUGGUGCUCAUUGUGUUCCUGUGGCAGGGUCUUCAUGCUCAUGGCCCCAGGGCUGAGCCUGGCCACUGUGAUGUGUAUGGGGGUGCUGGUCAGUGCUGAGCUUUUAUGGCCUCUAUUCCUACUUCAGAUGGCAGCUCGGACUCUAUGCCUCUGGAAGAAAUGGUGCUCCUCGGGUAAAUGUUUGCAUUUCAUAACGAACAUGCAGGGCCUUCUCUGCUGGACUGUUUAAAAUGGCAGAAGGUGGGAAGCCUUCCAGAUGUCCCCUGGUGGGAACAGCUGACUGUGGCAUCAUCUUGAGCCACGUGAAACAAGUUUUUAAUGGGUUAAAUACUGGCUGUCAUGAAUUUCACGACUCAACACUGAUACAUGUGUGCACGCACGAUUGGAGCCCGUUUAAACUUUCAUGUGGAGAAAUAGGAAGCUGUUAAAAGCACAGGUGACUUUACCCAUUCAGGGAAUGACCUUGAACUCAUGAUCCUCCUGCCUCAUCUCUAGAGCUGGGACUCCAGGUAUGCACCACCACACCUGGUAUUUGGUUUUAUAAGUGCGUGUCAGCAUGUGCACAGAGACAGUCUGCAGAAAUGCCACUCGGUGAAAGCAGUAAUCCUGGGGGAUUCAGCAGGGAUGACUGAUCACCAAGUAGCAUCUCCUACAUCAUGUGUUUUAGAAUACUUCAUUCUUCUUUUUCUCUGAGACCAGGUUUCACUGUGUAGCUCUGGCUGGCCCAGAGCUCACUAUAAAGACCAGCCAGCCUCUGGCUCCCAAGUGCUGGGAUUAAAGGUGUGUGCUACCAUACCCAGCCUGAGUUUAUUUUUGAAAUGGGCAUUUUAUACAUUUUGUAAUGUUUGGAUUUUUAUAUUUGCCAUGUAAUCAGAAAAACAAUAAAGUGUUUAUAAAAUAGA